AGCGUGGAAGGGGACACAGCGCAGCUCUGAGCGCCCCUUUGUGCUUCCACAGGUGGUGGCCGUCUCCAAAGGACCCAAGGAGAAAGGUCUCCGUGACAGCAAAACGGCAUGUGCAGAGGGACCAGGCACGGCUGGCAUCCAGGGAGGUAAGACUCGCAUUUUGACCAUCUCUCAUCUUGUCUGGUUUUCACCCAGCAAGACCCUUCUUGGACUGGCACUGCCGGGACGCUCCAGGACACGGUGAGCUGUAGCACGGGACGCAAGACGGGGCACCAAGCUCUGCUGCAGCCCACGUGAAAUAUGGCUGCUGUUUUGAAGAGGCUCUGGGUGCUCCAGGCGAACCUCUGGCUGAUAGCCCUGGUUACAGGUGGGAUCUCAGCAGCCGAAAACAGCACCGGGAACAACACAACAGGCACGGCGUGCCCCAAGUCCCGCCAGCACCCACGCUACGUGGCGGCCAAGAGGAACAUGCCCGUCCACUUCAUCUGCUACUCCCCCGAGCCUCAGCACAUGCAGUGGUACAAGAUGGUGGAGGGCAACAACCACCUCUACGAGCUGGAUGGCAUCACCUCCCGCUUCAGCGUAGAGCGGAAAGACAACUUCAUCAACUUGACCAUCUUCAGGAUAACCUACGAGGACAACGGCAUCUACGUGUGCGACAGUAAAAACCUCACGGAGGAGAACAAGCAGGCGCAUGCGUGCGGGACCGAGCUCAGAGUCGUGGGUCACAGCAACAUCCAGCAGGUCCAGAGCAGAAAUACCCUGAAAGACGCUAUCAUCAUCAUCCAGUCCAUCCUGUUGGUCAUCUUCAUCAGCGUCCCCAUGCUCCUCUUCCUAGAUAAAGGUGAAGGCAAGGAGAGCCCCGAGGAGGAUCACACCUAUGAGGGCCUGGAAGUGGAACAGAUGGCCACCUACGAGGACAUUACUCCUUUCCGGGAUGUGAAGGCGAAAUGGAUGGUUGGGGAGCAUCCAGGCGAGGAGUGAGGGGCCCAGCACCCACCACCACACAGGCACCCGUGGCACCGCUCCCCACUGCGCCCACCGUCAACCUGCUGGCCCCCGAGGGGACAGGACCCCAGCUCCUGCUGUCACAGGCGGUCACAGCCACCUCGAUCCUGGGCUGGGAUCAUGGACUGAGUCACCGGCACGCAGCAUGCCAUCUCUGGUAGCCUUGCACAGAGCUUGAGCCCUGCUGCCCUUCAGUGCUUGCUUUGCCACAUCCGCAGCCACAUCUGGACCAUGCCCACUAAGACUGUCCUGCCCCAGGUGUUGCUUUUACUACCCCGCUGCUUAUUCCCUAAUGUAUGUGUAGAAAUUAGUAGCCAAUUGCAGUCCCCCAGUAGCAAACAGCCCCAAAACCUCAGCCAGCCUCACACCAACACGCUGAGCUCAUGUGUGUUUAACGCAACAAGUGUACCAGAGUGGGCAGUGGGUUUCUUCCAGCCCCAGUGUCCCCAAGAAGGAGACACAGGGGCCAGGCAUGAUAUCUCCUUGUGCUGCAUGGACCCUCCCGAGCUGCAAGACCCCACUGCAGCCCCCCGCACUCCCGGCAGAGGAGCCGAGGUGAGCAGCACCCCGUGGGCUGGCACAGUGGGUGUCAGCAGAAGUAGCUACCUGUCAAGCCCCAGAUGUGUCCAGCAGGCCAAGCUGGUGGUUGUCUUAGAUCGAGGAUCCUCCAGAAGUGCCUUUUUCUAUCCAAGGACGAUAGGAAAGGCUGGGAGACAGCUCUGGCCUGGAGGUUCUUGUGCAGGGCUUGUGCCUCUCCAGACAAGAGCUGGCCUGUGUCACAAGGACGUCGUCCUUGGCAAGGGCCGUGUGUGACCUCAGAACCUAUGGAAAGGACAUAAAGUGUGGGACACAAAUGUCCAACUGCUUUUUGAAGUCCUAAUAAAGGUAACAGGUAAAUUCACGUCCUUCUUCCUCCUGCUCUAGGGGUCCCAGCUCCAUCCUGCUGUGCCCAGUCCUGGUGUGUCCCAUAACCCUGGUGUCGGUGUCAGUGGGAUGCCCUGGGCCCUGGUACCAGGAAUAAGGAGCAAUAAGAGCAACUUGUUCCCUGGGAGAGAAGCUGCAUGUGUUUUGGAUGCACUUGACUAGGAAAAAAAAAAGUCACCUCCGGGGAUAAAUUAGACAUGACAUUAAGCAGCUCUGAGUGAACAGCUCGGACUGCGUGCGUGUGUCCCUUGUUAUGGGACGGAUCCUGGCCUGAAUGUGUAGUUUUCCUUGAUUUACCUGACCCACUUGAAAAGCCGUAUGGCUUGCACGGUGAAACUACCUGCUUUCUGAGAGCAAUGGGUAAUCCUGCCCCCGCAGAGCCCAGGGCCUACGGGCUAUAACUACGUUUGGGGCCCCAAAGAGAAGCAGACAGGACUGCUCCACUUUCUGAAAAAGCCAGCAGAAAAGUGAGGGUGCAAACAGGGCUUUUCAGCAGGGAACAGGGUGGUUCUUGUUUACUGCUAGCCACCUUAAUAGAAAUGGGAACUCAAUCUAAACAGCACAAAAACAGCAUUUUAAAGGUGAUUUUUAUUAGUAAAAUAAAACUAUCCUAAAUUAGUUACAUACAUAUGUACAUAAAUGUUACUGAAACAUGUUUUACUUAUAAAAUUGAUUAAUUAAAGAAAGAAGUAUUCACAGGGGGAGAAGUGAACUGGCUGUUCCUGGUUUCCACAUUUGCCAAGAUUUUAGAACUAGCAGAGCUCAUCCCAUCAUGCCUUGUUUGCAUUUAGGAAGUGGAAGAGGAAGGCAACUUUUCCGGCCUUCCCAAUUCCCAACUGCUUUCUCAGCUUUGUAUAAACAACUGACUGAACUGACUUAACUAAUAACUGAAUAAUAUGAAAUAAGGAGAAUCUGCUGUUUGCACCUGGAGAGGAAGCCACUGAUGUCAAAAGCUGUUUCGGCAACCCCAGUUCCGCUCUGUUGCUCAGCUACCUACUCGGCCCAGGGCCUUGGCUUCCUUUAAAACGCCAGAAACAAAUAUUUCUGUACUAUUAGGGUUUUUUUUUUUUAAUUUUAGGUUAGUUUCUAGUGAGGCUAGAGUCAGGGUUUGUUGUAAUUUUAUAUUGAUGUAGGCUUGUAUUUAAAAUGCACUUAAUGUAAAUAAAUAUAUUUCAGUACGUACAA